AUGGUGCGCGGAAAUUCUCUUAUUGAAGAUUUGGGAUUUUUGGUUAAUAAUCCUCAAUACAGUGAUUUGGAAAUUAAAUGCAAAGGUGAUAUCGUUCUUUAUGGAAAUCGUGCUAUCCUCGCGGCUCGCUCCGAAGUAUUUGAUAGGAUACUCUUUACAAGAACGACAGAAAUUUGUGAAAGGCAAAUUUCGUUUCCAAAAAUUGAAGUGAAAACUAUGAGUGUUAUACUUAAAUAUUUAUAUACCGGAUUAGUUCCCGAAAAGGAUCUCACGACUGAUAACGUCUUUGAAAUUUUACAAGCUGCUGAUUUCUUCCAAUUGGAGAAUAUUCAAGAUCUCGUUUCCGAAUUUUACAAAAAGCAAUGUGAGAAAGAGGGAUAUGAAAAUAAAUCACCCGAGUUGUUAUCUGAAGCAGUUCGGCUAAUGUCACCUUUGGCUAAUAAUGGAGUUAUUCGUUAUUUAGUUGAUUCCGUUGCUAAAAUUCCUUUGGAUUCUAUUGGAUUUAAUAGAUUAUCCCUUCAAGGUUUUCAAUGUCUAUUGUUACAGAAAGAUGAAAAAAAAAUAUUCAUGUCUAGUGAAUAUUCAGUUUUUCGAUUUGCGGUUCUAACAGCUGCGACAAAAGUAUCUCAAGAAGCAUUUUCUGCUCUAGAGAAAGAAUUACCGCCAUGGAAUGAAGUAGAAAGGUCACUUUAUACAGUCAGUGAUAAUAAAAUCAGAAAAGGAGAAAUUAGCGAAGCGAUUGUUAAGACUAUGAAUUCUUUCAUGGAACAUAUUGACCUAAGAAGGAUUGAUGCCAAAAUCAUUGCAAAAAUAAUCGAACCACUAGAUAUCGUUCCGUCUAAUAAGAUGUUCGAUUCGUAUCGAUUUCAAGCUUGUAUGAAAACUCCACAACCAGCUUUUCAUGGAACUAAUGGUAUUAAAUGGGAAAGAAAUAUUGGUAGCCAUUUAAUUAUUAGCGACGAUGGAUAUACAGUUAGCGCAUCUCAACAUUGUAGUCAUUAUGGAAGUGUAAGAACUAAUAAUCUUAUGAGUAGCGGUACUUACGAGCUUCACGUUCAAUUCGGAAAAGACGAUAAUAAUUCUUGGGUUGGCAUUUGUGACGAAAGGCUCAAAUUUUCCGCUUCCGCUGGAUCUCAACCAUACGGAUGGGUUUUUGGCUCGAAUGGGUACUGCAGUCAUAAUAAUAAUCAAAUCUUAAUAGCUAGAAAUUUAGAAUAUGUUAAUACAAAAAUCAUUGUGCAUCUAAACAUGGAUAAUAAGACAGUCGCAUUCUCAGUCAAUGGUAAAAGACAUCCACCUAUUACAUCGUGGACAAAUCUUUCGUCAAACCUUUAUUUCGUUGCUUCACUCGGCUAUCGUGGAAAGAUUAGGAUUUUGCCGAUAGAAAGAUAA